AUGUUCGCUCGUAAAGUGAAGUCGGCAGAUUUUACAGCGUCGUUGCAGCGCUUUGCCGAUCUCCAUCGUGAUUGUGCGUCACGGGCCAAACAUCUCAAACUUGCUCUCGAUGCUCUUUGCGUCCAGGAUAAAAGACAGUUUAUAGAAGACUACAGUUUUGAAACUUUCCAUCUGGUUGAUGAAUUAUUGAUACAAGCCGACCUUACACAAACGGCUCAAUCAGUUCUUGAAGCUGAAUCAGCUUUGUGGACUCUCGAACAAUUACUGUGUCUUGCACCAGGAUUAGUUGGCAAUGGUUGGCAAAAGCAUGCUAUCGAGUGUGUUCUGAAAAAAGCUCUAUUUCCGCAUAAUUUACUAGCUGUAAGAAAAAUUGCACUGCGUCUAUUUAUUAUUUGGUAUCAAAGUUUGGCCAUGUACAGCAAUAAUAAUUCGCAAUUGGAUAUCGUUUUUCAAUGCCUUCUUCCGCAUUUCCCAUUAAGGAAUAAUUUGCCUACUGAAAGCAUUUUGCACAAUUAUUGUCAAUCGACUGCUACUACCGUAGGGCCAGGACCUAUCCGCAUUUCACCACUUGUAAGUAAUCCGAACAACACUGCGCUGAGUGCGAAAGAAAGGGCACAGCUACUUCAGGUAUAUCUGGAUAAGUUUCUUGAAUAUUGCACACGAGAAACGAUUCGGAUUGAAUGGAAUGACGAAAAUAUCCGUUUGGAGUGUGCAAAAUUUAUUCUGGAUCGUGUGAUUGUUCUCUACAUUUACGAAGUAUUUCCUGAUAUAGAAACUAAUGGUGUAGAUAUUUAUGGUGGAUGGGAGGGUAGUGAAGGACAGAUAUAUAUUCGCUAUACCACCGACCCUAUAGUAAUUGCACGGUAUUGGCUCAUCAGGUGGAUGACGACGGUUGCGCUUACAACCAAUAAUGAUUUAGCUGUGACAGGUCAGCUAUUAUAUCGCAAAGCUUUGUUUUCCAGUCGUAAAGCAACGAAUACUCUUUUAACACUUUUAAAAGAAGCAGUAAUGCUACCUUUACCAUGUUCGAAUGUUAUUCAUAAAGUCUUUUCUUUGAUCCAUUCAUGGUUGUUGCAACAGAAUUUACCUCCUUUUAUUGAUCAAGAAGGAAUUGAGAUCGAAUCAUUAUCACUUUUGCUCAUUCACUUUCUUACUUCAUUUUUUCACAGUCCAUACUUACCGGCAGCUGGUGAACACUUGUCGUCCGCUAUUUCUUUAACACAAAGCUUGCUGCAAACAACUCGUGAUCUGUCCAAUCCUUUGACACCUUUGCAAAAUUCAUUAUCAGCUAGAGUUUGGUGCGAGCUUAUCAAAAGUCUUGCAGAUGGCGUACGCACUGUUACUUCCAGAUCUGAUGCUUAUGGGCGUGCAACUUCUGGUGCCUUGGCACAAAACCUCCUUGGUGUUAUUGUUUUUGUUCGAGCCAUAAAUGGUAUCGAAAUCGAGGAGAGAGUCUGGGAUGAUGUGCUGGCUGUGUUCCAGUCUGGUUGUUGGAUGCAAAUGAUUGAACAGUGGAGCAGAGUGGUUGAUAGUGUUACACGUGCCCUUGUUCUGAAUCUUUUUGAGGUUGAUGUUGCUCCACCUGCUCAGUCGACUUCUCAUCAAAUAGUCAAACGAGUGAAAAGUAAUGAAACGACAAGUACUCAAGAAGAUGGGAAUGCAGAGUUCUCAGAAGAAACUCGGUCCGAAAACAACAGUUCUGUCGAGGACGAAAAUGUGCAAUUCACUUCAGUGGUGCAGCCAGUCGAGAUUUCAAGUUUAUUAAAUGCGUUGUCUCCUCAUGUCAUUCCUACUGGAAAACAAUAA